AUUAAAGAUGGCACAACCAAUAAGCUCUGAAGAAUUUCGUAAAAGAGCCAAACGAUUACUUGAAGCGUUCGUUUAUGAUUAUUUGAGAAAAUCUGGAUGUACUGAUACAGCUAGAACAUAUUUCGAAGAAGUUGGCCUUGAUAAUUGGCCUCCUGAAUGGUUAAUUAAUGUAAUUAGAAAUGAAAUUAUAACAAAAAAACAAGAAAAUGAAGUCAUAAAAGAAAGAAAGAAAAAAGUCCAAAUGCAUCACAGGGGAAAUAAAGGAGAACAUGCUAACGAUGAUGAUGGAAAUAAGAAAGAAGAAAAUGAAGAGCAUAUUGAAGUGAGUACGGGAGAAUCUCAGAAAGAAAAUAAUGAAGAAAUUCGGAAAGAUACAAAUUUCAAGGAUGUAGAAGAACACGUAGAAGACGAUACAACAACAGGCGAUGCCACCAGACAUAAUUAUCAUUGUUCUAAUGAAUUCAUGAAGUCAACUUCAACUGAUACAACUCUAUUACCACCUUUUAAUGCGUUUUCAAAUAAUGAACUUCCUAGUAUACCAUUACCAUUGGAUGUUCCGGGUGGAUUUCUCAAUGAGUGGUGGUUAACUUUCUGGGAUUUGUUUAGUAAUUUGCAGGAACGUAAUUCGAGAAUAUCUUACGGUAAUUCCUUUGAAUAAAUACUUAGCAUCUAACUCUCCAAAGAAAUUAAAUUCCGGUCACUUGCUUUUUAAUAAAUAAGAAAUAUAUCUGUGAUACAGCAAAUUCAAUAAUAACGGUGUUCGGAAAUCUGAAUUUUAAAUUAAUUCAAAUUACUAUAAAUUAAUUUUAUUCACCAUAGAUAAAUUAUAAAAUAAAAUAGAUAGUUGCACCGGGGGAUAUCUCUUCAUCUAUUUAUCAUAUCCUUCACCUUUAAUCCUAUUUGUCACCUUUAUAUAAUAUUGCUAAUUUAUUAGAGUAGGUUAUUAGAGAGAAUUUAAAUAUCCCCCUGGUUUAAGAUAUAAAUAAUUAAAUUGUUUAAACAUUAUUAUAUAAAUUAGAAUAAAAUAUUAAUAUUAUUAUUAUUAAGCUUUAUAAUUAGAAUUAUUAGAUAUUUUUUUUUUUUU